ACCACCACCCAUCGCAUCCCCAUAUCUCCCAUCCCGGAAUUCUAGGUCUCUCCUGCCUUCAAGACUGGAAUCACGUUGUGAUCUCAGCCUCUCCACUGGACUCCGUUCCCUCAUCGUCAAGCUAUUUUGCGGUUGGCCCUGCCAACAUAGCCGCAUCCACCUAUCUAUCAUGGCUGCGGUCGCCCCCAUGGAUCUGGUUGUGAGGAACGACCCUGCCUCCAUUCCCCUCCGAUGCACACUCUGUCCCAAGAAGCCCGGCUUUUCAGAUCUCUCCCAUCUUCUUACCCACAUCUCGUCAAAGAGCCACCUCGCCCACCGCUUCAAGGCCGAACUGAAAGCACGCGACGACCGGGUAGCUCUAGAUGAGGUCCGGCAGUAUGAUAAUUGGUGCGAGCAGUAUGGAAUCAACGCUCUUCUUGCGGAACGCAUGGCUGCCAAGGAGCAAAAGAAGACGGGCAGAAGGGGAAGACAAUCAAAUUCAGCUAGCAACAAGUCCGAUGCUGCUGCCAGCCUCGACCAGGACCUAGUGAAGCCCGACCCUGACGAAUACAUCGACCCUCUGGCAGCCGCCGGUCACUGGGCCACGUUACCUGGCCAUUUCCAGGAUGGUCAUCAUGGCCAUUUUGACAACUCGAACUACCCGACCCCGUUUCUGAAGCGUUCUCGGUCCGAUCUCUCGGUUCCCAGCACCCCGGAGAACGACACGCGUGCCAAGUAUUAUCGGAGGUGGCCCUCGGAGGCCGAAACCGCGGACAGUGUCCCUGUUUCCGACCUUCCGUCAGAGAGCACCGAGUUUGACGACGAAAAUGAUGCCAGCAAGUUGAAGGGCGUAAGAUACCCCGGAAUGGGCCUCUUCGACUCGGCAGAUGAGAUUCAGAAGAGGAUGCGCAACCAGCGAAAGGACGAUUCUGUUUUGAAACAGAUGGAGGAGACAUCAUCGGGGAUUGUCCCCAAUGAGUUUGUAUGGGCGGAAGACGGCGAGUUCCAGCGCAUCCGCGAUAUCUACGCUACCCCGUCGAUCGAGGGAAGCCCAGACCGCAAAUUCGAGGACUGCGAUGCUCCAAAGCCAAAACGGGGCCGCCGUUCUGCUGCAGCCGUGGCAUCGGGGACGGUCCGCACGCGAGCCUCGGCUAGACUGACUCGACAGACGACAUCCCGAAGCCGGCGCACCCGACAUGAUGACAAUGUGGAAGUCUCUGGUUCUGUUGAUAGCUAUGACAUCUUCCGUGAUCCGCCGAAGCAUAGUGCCGCCCAGGCCGAGAGCUCACCCAGGGACUCUGGGUUUGAACUCCGCCGCCGUCCUGCCCUUCAGUCCCUGAACUCGAACCUGUCAUUAACAUCGGCAACGCAAAAGCCCACCAAACCCGUCUCGUACGUCUCCGCUCAAGAGUCCAGCACAUCGUUGUUUACGUCUCAACCCCCCUCUUCCACCAGCAACUAUUUUCAGCAGCAAACCAUGGGGGCCGGCACGUUCAACCCCUUAUGCGUACAGGGUAGAGGCGGAUACUACAACCCCUACGGCUUCCCAAGCUUCGGCAACGAGACUAAGCCGCCCGCGACGAACUUUCAGGCAAUCAAUGCCAUGAACUUGGGCAACAUGUCGUUUAAUGCCUUCGGUGGACCUUUCGCUUCAGACUCGGCACAUGGGGGGGUUGACCAAGAAUUUGACCUGUGAUUCGGGAACCGGCAUCGCCGUGUCGUUCAUAGUUGAGAUGGGCCAUUUUUACAUCUCACUGUGUGUGUAAUCUUACGGGAACAAAAGUUGCUACUUGGCUCGGAAGUGCUUGGGCCGAUAGUUAUGACUCAACCGCAAUUUUCUUUUUCCUGCAUCGGCGGAAUGGGAGCGCUUCCGGUGCGAUAUUGGUCGCAA